GUUGAAUCGUAUGUGUGUUCUACUACGUACAUAUAUACACAUUUGCAUCUUUUUAUUCCUUCCAACUCGCUAGCUAGCUAAUUAAGAUUUUGUAUAUUCAAAGUGAUCGUCCCUGACACAAUGAAAGUACGAAAAGGAAAACGAUCUGAGGCGUUUUGGCCAUCGAUUGUGAUGAAAAAGUGGUUCAAUAUUCAACCAAAGAAUAAUGAUUUUAGUGAAGAUGAAAUUGAAACGGAAACCGAAAGUGAAGAUGAUGAUGUUUGCUCUCUUAAAAAUGAACAAUUGAAUUAUAAUGAGGAGCAUGAUGAUCGUAGACGACGACGACCACAAAACAGUAACAUGUUUGAAUGCUCAAGCCAAACCUUAAAUCACGGAACUCCGGCAAAAAAGUUGGUAAAACACAGGAGAGGGAAUUCGGAGACGAUGCGUGUUCAUUAUAUCAAAUCGAAAGAUGUGAGGGUAACGAUAGGGAGUUGGAAUGUUGCGGGGAGGGUUCCGAAUGAAGACCUCAAUAUUGACGACUGGCUUUGUAUGCAGGAACCAGCUGACGUUUACAUUCUCGGUUUCCAAGAAGUUGUCCCUUUGAAUGCCGGGAAUGUCCUCGGAGCCGAAACUCGAACGCCUAUACAAAAAUGGGAGACCAUCAUCCGAAAGUCUUUGAACAAAUAUUCAUGUGAUGAACCCGAACCCGUACCCAAAAGCCACAGCGCUCCGACCUCUCCUGUUUCGGAUAUCAUAACCAGCAAUAAUGUGAAUUUAGUCAUGUCAUCUAAAGUAGUAAUCGAUACCCAAAGGAGAUUCUGCAGCCUAGACUGGCCUGAAUAUGCAUUGGAUAUCAAACAGGAUAUCAGUAGUAUUUCCGGCAAGAAGUUACGCAGGGUGUUAAGCAGCUCUGAUCGAGUCCGUAAUGAGUGGUUUACGAAUCCUACUGAUUUCGGUCAGAAAGGCGGCAAUGUUGUUGGGGGCUUGAGAAGGCCGGCGCGUCAUAGCUUGGGAGACUUGGGUUUGAUCGGCCGUGGGACCGAGCAACAAGCUGAUCAUGAGAUACCCGAGGACGUUGUGGUUGAUCAUUCUCUUUAUGAUGUAUGUGAACGUGUGCCGGAAGAGGAGGAAGAUGACGACGACGACUCUGAUGAUUUUUUUCUUAAGAAAAGAGAUACAAAACACGAUAAUUAUGCACCCACUCGUCAAAGUGCUGGUAGAAAUCGCAGGUAUGUGCGAAUCAUGAGCAAGCAGAUGGUGGGGAUUUACAUAUCAAUUUGGGUUCGUAGAAGGUUGAGAAGACAUAUAAACAAUGUUAAAGUAUCACCUAUUGGCGUUGGGCUUAUGGGCUACAUGGGCAAUAAGGGGUCUAUCUCAGUUAGUAUGUCUCUUUACCAAACGAGAUUAUGUUUCGUUUGUUGUCAUUUGACCUCUGGACACAAGGAAGGGGAUGAUGAGAGACGCAACUCUGAUGCUGUUGAGAUCUUGAGACGUACACGAUUCUCCUCAGUUUUGGACCCGGAUCAACCUCAGACAAUACCAUCUCAUGAUCGGAUAUUCUGGUUUGGAGACUUGAAUUAUCGUAUCAAUAUGGCGGAUGCAGAUGUUAGAAAACUCAUUGCCUUGAAGCAGUGGAAUAAACUACUCUGCAACGAUCAGCUAUGGAAAGAACUUGGGAACGGCGGUGUGUUUGAGGGUUGGAAGGAAGGUUUAGUCGACUUCCCACCGACUUACAAGUACGAAUUUAAUUCAGACAGACACGCAGGGGAAUUUGCAAAAGAAGGGGAGAAAAAAAGAGCACCCGCUUGGUGUGAUCGUAUAUUAUGGUUAGGGAAAGGAAUAAAACAACUGUUUUACAAUAGAGUGGAUCUGAGACUGUCUGAUCAUAGGCCAGUCAGUUCGGUUUUCCUGGUCAAAGUUGAGGUCUUCGACCCUAGGAAGCUACGUCGAGCUCUUAAUUUGACUAGUGCUGCAGUGCAUUCAGAAAUAAUCAUCGAUGACGUCGAUGAGCAAGAGUUGGAUCUCUAGCUAGUAAAUAGUCAUAAGUUCGUUCUAACUUCUUCGUGCAGAGUAUCUAUGACAACGUAUUUGUCGAUCCUUUAGUUUGCAAAUGCACACGGAUCGGGGUGGAACACAUGGAACUUACUACUAAAUUGCGAAAUUUGUGUACUUUGCUAGACAAUUGUGUCCUUAAAAUGAUCAGAGUGAAAGUCUAAUUAAUGAUGAUGAUACGAGUUUUGUUUUGAA